AAUUUCCCAGCUCUUGUUCUCCCUCAACCUCUAGCUCAGUCCGCAGAUUCUUCCAACAGAAGGAUGGGCGGGGCUUUCUAAAAGGGAAGGGCAGCGGGCAAGUAGGCGGCGCGUCCAGAGUUUAAACUGGCAAGAUCGAGGUGUGGGGCGAGCAGGCCCUCUGAUACCGGAACUGGAGUCGUGCGGCGUCCAGUUUCCACGGGGAAGGCUUAGGCAGCAGUCCCGGCCUUCGGACUUCCGGGUUCUGUCCACUGAUUCCGUUGGCAGCAGUCGCUAUGGAGGAACCAGAGAUGCAGCUCAAGGGGAAGAAAGUCACGGACAAGUUCACUGAGAGUGUCUAUGUCCUGGCAAACGAGCCAUCUGUGGCCCUGUAUCGGCUGCAGGAGCAUGUGCGCCGCUCCCUGCCUGAGCUGGCCCAACACAAGGCUGACAUGCAGCGGUGGGAGGAACAAAGCCAAGGAGCCAUCUACACCGUGGAGUAUGCCUGCAGUGCUGUGAAGAACCUGGUUGACAGCAGUGUCUACUUCCGCAGCGUCGAGGGUCUGCUCAAACAGGCCAUCAGCAUCCGGGACCACAUGAAUGCCACUGCUCAGGGCCACAGCCCCGAUGAAUCACUCCCACCCUCCUCAGCCUGAUUCCAGAAGCAACUUAGAGGCUGCUGUUCCUCCCCCAUCCCAGCGCCCCCCACCAGCGUCUUCUGAGUCUCCGGCCCAAGUGCCCGCCCAUCACAGCCUAUGGCACCUCCCUCUAUGCAAAUAAGUUCGCCUCGUCCAAUCAGCCUCGGGAGCCGGGCUGCCCACUCAUAAGGCAUCUAGCUGCCGGCUCUGAGAGCUCUGUGCAGCCGCUGCAAAUUCCGAGUGCUGCGUGUCCGAGUGACCCGGCAGAGCAGGUGCGUGUCACGUCGAGACUCGUGCAGUGUCCUCUGAAUGGUUUCUGUGGGCUGGAUUUGGUUAUAGGUCCGGAUGUGCUGCUGUGCGUUCCAGAUGUGCUACUGUGCGUUCCAGGGUUGGCUGUGCGUCAGAGGGGUAGUGUCCCUGGGGUGUUAAGCAUGAAAGUUGUGUUUCCGGCAGUUGUGUGUCUGAAGGAGUGUAUAAGUCUGAAGAGCGUGUUCAAGGGAUUGUGUUUCUGAGAGUCUAUAUGUGCAAGUGUGUUGUCCAAGGGGUACUGUGUCUUAGGGUUGUGUGUCCAUGGAGUUGUGACUCUUAAUGGUAUUGUGUGUCUGAAGAGAUUUAUAUCUGAGGAGCAGUGUGUUUGAGAGUUAUGUGUGCAAGCAUUUAUGUCUGAAGUUUUGAUGUG